AGAAAAUUACAGCGAUACGAUCUUCCCGGUCGCAUUAUAAAUAAGCUGAUGGUAUGUACGGAUGAGGCUUAAACAGUAAAACAUAUUCAAGCGUAGACACAUCGUUCGUCUGCUCUUCAUUCUUUUUCGUAUAACAUAUUUGCAUUUGGAGACCACGCCAAUUUUGGUUUGCCCAAACUAAAAGUUAAAUACCUUAUUUUUGUUUGUGAAAGUUACACGUAAAAAUUACGAAAUGAAUAACAUGAAUUCAAUCAAAGUUCCAUCGGAUUGUCACAGCUCCCACAGCAACCAUACAAAUGGCAACAGUGCAAAGUAUAAUCAAUCCCCGAAUGGGUCUCCGUUCAAACACAAUUUUCUCAAGAAUUACAGUAAUGGCUCAAAUGAAACUGAAGAAUUCAAUUCAUAUGAAUUACUCAGCAGCAUUGCAAAUUAUUUACUGGAUCGUACAAAGUUUCGGCCUAAGAUUGGUAUCAUUUGUGGUUCAGGUCUUGGAUCAUUAGCUGAAAGUAUUGAAAAUGCGGAUGUAGUUCCUUAUCAAAGCAUUCCAAAUUUUCCUGUAUCGACUGUUGAAGGCCAUGCGGGUCAGCUGAUUUUCGGCAAAAUAAAUAAUGUGGCGGUGAUGUGUAUGCAGGGACGGUUUCAUUACUAUGAAGGAUAUCCAUUAGCCAAAUGUUGUAUGCCAAUUCGUGUAAUGAAAUUGGUUGGAGUAACCAAUUUGAUUGCAACUAAUGCAGCUGGUGGUUUGAACGAAAAUUACAAUGUUGGAGAUAUUGUCAUUGUAAAGGAUCACAUUAAUCUAAUGGGUUUUGCUGGCAACAAUCCACUGCAAGGACCAAACGAUACUCGAUUCGGUCCACGUUUUCCACCAAUGAAUAAGGCAUACGACAUCGAUUUAAAGCAUCGCGCCCUAAAAAUUGCUCGUGAUCUCGGUAUAGAAAAUCUGGUACAUGAAGGUGUCUAUACAUGUUUGGGUGGACCAAAUUAUGAAACAGUUGCUGAGCUUCGAAUGCUCAAAAUUCUUGGUGUUGAUUGUGUGGGCAUGUCAACCGUACAUGAGGUAAUCACAGCGAGACAUUGUGAUAUGAAAGCCUUUGCGUUCAGCAUCAUAACAAACAAAUGCGUCACAGAAUACGAAAGCAAUGAGGAGCCUGGCCACGAAGAAGUUGUAGAAGUGGGCAAAAGUCGACAAUAUCUGUUAGCAAGUCUCGUUAGUCGUUUAAUCAUUGAAAUUGAUUCUGAAUAGAUUUCUUAUCUUUGGGCCAAAAUUUCUUCAGGCAAUCACAUCACUAUUCAAUGCUAAAAUAUUUUAUUUUCAUAGUUUUAAGUAACGAAAAUGAAUGAAUGAAUGAAUUAAAUAACUAUUAUCAGUGUA